AUGAAGCUUCUACCCGUCCUUUCCGCUCUUCUCCUUACUGGCUUCGUCGCCGCCCGCAUCGACAUCACCAUCACCGAGCAUAGCGAUAGCGACGAGAUCGAUGUCAAAUACAACGACUACCGCGAGCAACAAGGCCAAGAACUCGAAGGCUGGGGCAAGGACAAAGACAAAGGGCCAAAGUGCAAGCGCCGCGAGCAGCAUUGCAGGGAUGAUGAAGAUUGUUGCAAGAACUUGUUGUGCCGUCGCGGUUUCAUCGGACGCCCGCUCGAUCCGCUUAGGCUUUACUGCCAGUAG